ACCGUAUAUUCCGAACUUAAAAAUGGAUCCGUGGCAAGUACGUGACCCUGUCACCAUGGCAACCACGUCACUCGUCUCUCCCACUGUCCACACAAACACACUCCAGCAGUGUGAUGUGGUCUGAGUCCUACCCGGAGAUCGGUCAGUAUGAGCUUUGCUCUUUCUGUAAGGGAAAGCUGGGUGGCUGACCAGCAGGCAACCGUGGUGAAUACACUUGUCACAGUCAUGUGGCGCGGAAAUGCGGCUCUCAAUAUUCUAUAAUAUUUCCAAACUAAAACUUCUUCUUUCAAAAAGGCUCUAUGUGAAGUUACACAAGGUUUUUAGGAGCAACCUUGAGAAUCUGUGGCUUAUUAAAUUUGUGGUCUUUGAAAACAGUUGUAGCAAGAGUACAAAGUUAAUACGGAACUCUGGUGGUUGGAUGACCUUCCCUUUCACUUCUUGACAGCAUCCUUGUACGUACAUACCCAUCAUACUCCAACUGCACACUCGCACAGCCUCUACCUGCCGGCCUCAGUGAGUCAGCCCUACAGAUCAGUAAAAAGUAACAAAGUAGAUACAGAAGUUGAACACUUGUCACUGCAGCAUCCUUGUACAUACCCAUCAUGCUCCAACUGCACACUCACACAGCCUCUACCUGCCGGCCUCAGUGUUCUCAGUGAGUCAGCCCUACAGGUCCUACAGGUCUGUGAGGUUGGCAGGGGACAAGCAUGGCAGGAGAGGCCAGGCGGGGGAGUGUAGCAUCCUCUCUGCUGACAGAGCUGAGUGCAGCACCCUCUGUCACUGAAGAUGAGAUAGCAGGACUCAGUGUGGAGCAGCUGGAAAGUGUUGGGGUGGAGCUGCAGGCGCUGUGCUCGCUGCUGCAGGCGGAAGUGGAUCUCUUUACACGUUAUCUGAGCAGCCAGGUGCAGGAAGAGGCACUGCAGGGAAGCCCCUCCAUGGCGGCUGCUUCUGGGUCUGGGACAGCCACACCCUCUGUCUCCUCCCUGGAUGUACGGGGGCUGCGGAAAGGUCAGGUAGUGACGCGAGGGACCACCCGAGCUGCUGCCCGCAGGCUGUCAGAGAGGCAGAAGACUCGUCUGUGGCAGCGGGAACUGGAGAUUGUUCUUGCCAACAAAAGGAAGAGAGAGAAAAUGUGGCAACAAGAGCUUCAUAAAUACCAGGUGUCGGUGCUGGAGGCUGAGGCGUGCCACAAGGACCUGCAGAAGGCACAAGAGGGGUUGACCAGGCUGAUGCCUGGUACAAGGAGACUCAGCUUUGACCAGAUAUAUAAGUUCAUGGAGGAGCAGCUGCGGGUGUGGCUGAAGCAGGCAUCGCAGGUGUGGGUGCAGGUGUCCCUCCUGCGUGGUGACCUGAGCAAGGCCAGAGUAAAGAGGGAAAGGAGGCGAGGUGGGCAUGAUCCAACAGGGCAGCCCGUCUCACAGAUCAACUUCCUGAAGCAGCAACUUGAGCACUCAGAGGUGAAGGCGAGAGUAGAGAGCAACCGAGGCAUACUGUCUGGCCUCCUACAGCAACUAGAGAAAGACAGCCGACGUGCAAUGAUCUUGGAGGAAGAGAACCAGAGGUGUGGGGCCAGGCUGGAGGAGCUACGGUGUGCUAUGAGGGAGACAGAGCGGGAGGUGGACCGCCUCAGCCUCAUUUCUGGCAGAAUUGAGAUGAGGGUGCAAAGGGUGAACACCUCCACCAAGAGUAAACUUCUCACUCUGAAAUCUUCACCACUGCAGCCGACUGAAGUGGAUGAGUACCUGCAACUCAACGGCGAUAUUCACAAGUUGAGGAAGGAAGUGGCAUGGUGGAAGAGAAGAGCAGGAGACCCAGUGUGAUUUUCUGUGACUCUCAAAAUCUCCAUACAUAGAAAAUGAAAUACCUCUUUUCCUGUAACAUGAUAAGCUGGUCUGUAGGAAGCUCAUGAAAGGGAGCAGCUGGUGACUAAAUCCUUGUAUGGCAUUCAAUAUACAUGACUGUAUUCAUAGUAAUAGUAAAGAAAUACAUGGGAUAUUUUUUUCAUGUGAGAGUGGCCAAUCCCAAAAGAAAGGUGAAAAUCAUCACUGAGAUGGGAGGAUAAGUAUCUUGAAACCUGUAACUUAAAUUCUUGACAGAAUUUAAGUUACAAGGAGGAGUAAAUACAGUAUCAGUCAGGAAGUUCCAGAGUGAGAAAGUCAAUUUUAACUCUGAUAUCUUCCUUGAACAUUAUAUAGAUUGAAAAGAGAGAGAAUACAAAACAGCAUAUAUGGUAGAGGAUAUCAACUCUUUUGAGACAGAUUAACCACAAUAGACAUAAACUAUGACGUGUGUUACAGCACAUGCACAGAAAUGUGUAAUCAUGCCAUGGAAUACUGUCAUGUAUUAAUGAUGUCCUCAUGGAAAACCUGUGUUGUCAAACUAAGUGUGAUGUUCAUGUUUUACCAAGUUUCUCUGUGAGUAUCGUAUGGUGAGCAUGAACCUUUUUUUAUUGAUAAAAAUGACAGAGAGGAAUAGUUUAUAUAGGAACAUGCCUUUUUCUUAUUCAAAAAGACUAAAGAGCAUGCAAAUUAUUUGUUACAAACACAGGAUAAAUCUAUAGAUCCUUCAAGUCUACAUACACUUUCCACCCUAUCUGCUGCCAUGCAAAGCACCAUACAUGCAGUGAAGAGUUUUUGAAUCCCUACAGGGAUUUCCAAGUACUUGUAGCUGUGUAAUAGGUGACACUUUUUGCUUGGAGCAUAUAUAUGUUUCUGAAUUUCAGUGGCAUCCCAACUAAUUAGGCUGUGGGACUCACCCUCCUUGUGCACAGCAACAUCACGGGAACAGGAAAAGUCAGGCAUAUUCUAUCCUUGUAAGUCAGUGGUAUGCAACUCAGUUCUUAAGUAGAAAUUGUAAAAUUAUAAAGUGGAGCAUUCUUUAUCAAUAAACUAGUCAGUAGUA